GGUGUUUGAGCUGUUCAGUGGUGUUUGGGACAUGGGUGGGUGUUUGAGCUGUUCAGUGGUGUUUGGGACAUGGGUGGGUGUUUGAGCUGUUCAGUGGUGUUUGGGACAUGGGUGGGUGUUUGAGCUGUUCAGUGGUGUUUGGGACAUGGGUGGGUGUUUGAGCUGUUCAGUGGUGUUUGGGACAUGGGUGGGUGUUUGAGCUGUUCAGUGGUGUUUGGGACAUGGGUGGGUGUUUGAGCUGUUCAGUGGUGUUUGAGCUGUUCAGUGGUGUUUGGGACAUGGAUGGGUGUUUGAGCUGUUCUGGUGGCUUGUGAUUGGUGCAGCAGUGUAACAGUACCAAUACAGUGACGCUGCAGCAUGUGACUCGCUCACUUUGUUCUCACAGUGUAGUAAUAAUGUCUCUGUCUGUUUAAAUGAUCUUAAAAGUGUCCUUACACACUCUCUCUAUAAACACAGUCAGACAGACAGGAGAAAGUGACUGUCAGCAAGCGCGAGAUGAUAAUGGUGAUGAUAGUGUUUUCCUUAACUGUAGUGGUCACUCCAUUCGAGUGGAUGAUUUUAGCGACCAUCAUUGCUAACUGCAUUGUUUUAGCACUUGAGCAGCAUUUACCUGAUGAUGACAAAACGCCGCUCUCUGAACGACUGGAUGACACUGAACCGUACUUCAUAGCUAUUUUCUGUUUCGAGUCUGGCAUUAAGAUUCUGGCUCUGGGUUUUGCCUUCCAUAAAGACUCAUACCUGCGCAAUGGCUGGAACGUCAUGGACUUCGUUGUGGUGCUGACUGGUAUUUUAUCCACUGUUGGUUCUGAGUUUGAUUUGCGGACGCUGCGUGCGGUCAGAGUGCUGCGACCUCUCAAGCUCGUCUCAGGAAUUCCGAGCCUGCAGGUGGUGCUGAAGUCCAUCAUGAAGGCAAUGAUCCCUCUGCUGCAGAUUGGUGUUCUGCUGUUUGUAGCAAUCCUCAUGUUCGCCAUCAUUGGCCUUGAAUUCUACUGUGGAAAAUUCCACAAAGCCUGUUAUGACAAUGUCACAAAAGAGCUUCUUGACGAUCAGCUGUGUGGUGAUGAGUUACCGGCACGUGUGUGUCCUCCUGGAUCUGUGUGUAAUGGCAAGUGGCUCGGACCAAAUUACGGAAUCACGCAGUUUGACAACAUUCUGUUCGCCGUUCUCACUGUCUUCCAGUGUAUCACCAUGGAGGGCUGGACAGACAUGCUUUAUUAUAGUAACGAUGCUUUAGGAAGCACCUGGAACUGGAUGUACUACGUCCCGCUCAUUAUCAUUGGCUCUUUCUUUAUGCUGAACUUGGUGUUGGGUGUGCUGUCCGGUGAGUUUGCUAAAGAGAGGGAACGAGUUGAGAACCGCAGUGAGUUUCUGAAGUUGCGGAGACAGCAGCAGAUCGAGAGAGAACUGAAUGGAUAUCUAGAGUGGAUCUGCAAAGCAGAGGAAGUGAUUCUGGCUGAAGAUGACACUACUGCAGACCGCUCUCGCCGUAGACCCACUAUUAAAAAGAGUAAAACUGACCUGCUGAACCCAGAGGGUGGACAGGAUCACAUGGGGGAUGCAGUGGGUUUGAAAGCUGACAGCUCCAGUUUUAGCAAGAAAGAGCGGCGUUUCCGUAUCCUUGUACGUAAGAUGGUAAAAACUCAGGCGUUUUAUUGGACCGUCCUCAGCCUUGUUGGUCUGAACACACUCUGUGUCGCCGUUGUCCACUACGACCAGACCGAACUGCUGUCCGACUUUCUGUUCUAUGCAGAGUUUAUAUUUCUGGGCCUCUUCAUGAUGGAGAUGUUGAUAAAGAUGUACGGAUUGGGGACGAGGCCGUACUUCCACUCCUCCUUCAACUGUUUCGACUGUGCAGUGAUCGUCGGCAGUAUAUUUGAGGUGAUCUGGGCAGUGAUAAAACCUGGCACUUCAUUUGGGAUCAGUGUACUGCGAGCUCUGAGACUACUCCGGAUCUUCAAAGUUACAAAGUACUGGGCGUCUCUGCGUAAUCUGGUAGUGUCUCUGUUGAAUUCAAUGAAGUCCAUCAUCAGCCUUCUUUUCCUACUCUUCCUCUUCAUCGUGGUGUUUGCUCUUCUGGGGAUGCAGCUGUUUGGGGGACAGUUUAACUUUGACCAGGGAACUCCCCCUACAAACUUUGACACCUUUCCUGCAGCCAUCAUGACUGUGUUUCAGAUCCUCACAGGUGAGGACUGGAAUGUGGUGAUGUAUGAUGGGAUCCAGUCUCAGGGAGGCGUUCACAAGGGAAUGAUCUCCUCUGUGUUCUUCAUCGUACUCACGCUUUUUGGCAACUACACGCUGCUGAAUGUGUUCUUGGCCAUCGCUGUUGAUAAUCUGGCUAAUGCUCAGGAACUCACCAAGGAUGAGCAGGAAGAAGAGGAAGCCACCACACAGAAAAUCGCUCUCCAGAAAGCUAAAGAGGUCGCUGAGGUCAGCCCACUCUCUGCUGCGAACCUCUCCAUCGCUGCUAAGGAACAGCAGAAGAACUCAAAGCCUCCUAAGUCGGUGUGGGAGCAGCGCACCAGUGAGAUUCGGCGCCAGAACCUGAUGACCAGCAGAGAGGUGCUCUACAACGAACUGGACGCUGAAGACCACUGGAAGCAGACAAAUUUCUGUAACCGCCCCGACAUGAAGACACACUUAGAUCGCCCCCUGGUGGUGAACCCUCAGGAGAACCGCAACAACAACACCAACAAACCCAGACCAGAAGAACCAGGACAGCGUGACCACUGCAUGUCCCCUCCACCCAGUUACCAACCCCGCUCACGUCACAGGCACUGCCCACACACCCAGGAGGACAAGGACAGGAAGCAUAGGAGACAUCAUCACAGUAACCAUGGAGACAGGGAAGGGAGGAUGGAACGGAGCUGCAGUCAUCACUCAAGGAAUCAGUACAGUGAGAACCAGGAUAACGUGAGGAACAACAGCAUGCUGAUCCUUCAUGACCCAGAACACCGGCUCCAUCAUCCAUACAACCCAUAUGACCCCUGCCAUGACCCUGAGCUGACCAAUAAUGUGCUGAAUUUGAGGGGGCGGAGCUUACCAGACAGCGUCCUCAUCCUCACUGACCCAAUGAAGAGCCCCAGUAAAGAGUUUAUAGCCAUCGACAUGCAGCCGCUGUACCCAUCACUCACAGGCCAGCUCCAGGUGAAUAAGAACGCAAACACUGAAGCAACUAAAGAUGGCGAGAAGAAAGAGGAGGAUGAUGAUGGUGGAGGUGAUGAAGAUGGUCCCAAACCUAUUCCUCCAUUUAGCUCCUGCUUCAUCAUGUCUCCCACUAACCCGUUCCGUAAAUGCUGUCACUACAUUAUGACUUUGCGUUACUUUGAGAUGUGUAUUCUGUCUGUAAUCGCUAUGAGCAGCAUCGCUCUCGCAGCAGAGGAUCCCGUCUGGCCCGAAUCACCUCAGAACAACGUCCUUCGUUACUUUGAUUACAUCUUCACCGGUGUCUUCACUUUUGAGAUGCUGAUUAAGAUGGUGGUGCUGGGUAUGGUUCUUCAUGAAGGAGCUUAUUUUCGUGAUCUCUGGAAUUUUCUGGACUUUAUAGUGGUUAGUGGUGCUCUGGUGGCAUUCGCCUUCUCGGGAAGCAGUAAAGGCAAAGACAUCAGCAUCAUUAAAUCUCUGAGAGUGUUACGUGUCCUGCGACCUCUCAAGACCAUCAAACGUCUCCCUAAACUGAAGGCUGUGUUUGAUUGUGUGGUGAAUUCUCUGAAGAACGUUCUGAACAUCCUCAUCGUCUACAUGCUGUUCAUGUUCAUCUUUGCUGUUGUGGCUGUGCAGCUGUUUAAAGGGAGAUUUUUCUGCUGCACAGACGAGUCCAAAGAAUUUGAGCGAGACUGCCGGGGUGAGUAUCUGGUGUAUGAACGUGAGAAUGAGGUAAAAGCUCAGAAGCGAGAGUGGAAGAAGUACGACUUUCACUAUGACAACGUGCUGUGGGCCCUGCUCACACUCUUCACUGUGUCCACGGGAGAGGGCUGGCCAGAGGUGCUGAAGCACUCUGUGGACUCCACCUUUGAGAAUCAGGGUCCCAGUCCAGGUUACAGGAUGGAGAUGUCCAUAUUCUACGUCGUCUACUUUGUUGUGUUUCCGUUCUUUUUUGUGAACAUCUUCGUCGCUCUCAUCAUCAUCACCUUUCAGGAGCAAGGGGACAAGAUGAUGGAGGACUACAGCCUGGAGAAGAAUGAGAGAGCGUGUAUUGACUUUGCGAUUAAUGCGAAGCCGCUAACACGUCACAUGCCAGAGAACAAGCUGAGUUUCCAGUACCGAAUGUGGCAGUUUGUGGUGUCACCGCCGUUUGAGUACAGCAUCAUGAGCCUGAUUGCCCUCAACACCAUCGUCCUCAUGAUGAAGUAUCAUGGAGCUUCAGAUAUGUAUGAGAAAGUUUUGAAAAACCUGAACAUCGUUUUCACCAUCCUCUUCUUCAUGGAGUGCAUCCUGAAAAUGAUUGCCUUCGGGGUUCGGAAUUAUUUCCGAGAUGCAUGGAACAUUUUCGACUUCGUGUCCAUAUUAGGCAGCAUCACAGACAUCUUAGUGACUGAGCUGUUGAAUAACAUCAUCAAUGUGAGGUUCCUUCGUCUGUUUCGUGCUGCUCGUCUCAUUAAGUUGUUGCGACAGGGAGAGACAAUUCGAAUCCUCCUCUGGACCUUUGUCCAGUCCUUCAAGGCUCUGCCGUAUGUCUGCCUGCUUAUUGCCAUCCUCUUCUUCAUUUAUGCCAUCAUUGGCAUGCAGCUCUUUGGUAAUUUAGCAUUAGAUGAAGAAGGAGAAAGUGCCAUAAAUGAACACAACAACUUCAGAACUUUCUUCAUGGCACUAAUGCUGCUGUUCAGGAGUGCUACAGGCGAGGCGUGGCAUGAGAUUAUGUUGUCAUGUUUGGGUGGGAUGCCAUGUGACCCUGCUUCCGGAAACCAGACGGACGAGUGUGGAAGCAAUGUCGCCUACGCGUACUUCGUCUCCUUCAUCUUCCUCUGUUCAUUCCUGAUGCUGAACCUGUUUGUCGCGGUAAUCAUGGAUAAUUUUGAAUAUUUGACUCGUGACUCAUCAAUUCUUGGCCCUCACCAUCUGGAUGAAUACGUCAGAAUCUGGGCGGAAUAUGACCCAGCAGCAUGUGGACGUAUUCAUUAUAAGGAUAUGUACAGUUUAUUGCGAGUUAUCGACCCCCCACUCGGAUUAGGAAAGAAAUGUCCUCAUAGGGUCGCCUGCAAGAGACUGUUGCGUAUGGAUUUGCCUGUUGCCGAUGACAACACGGUACAUUUCAACUCCACACUGAUGGCAUUAAUUCGUACUGCACUUGAUAUCAAGAUCGCUAAAGGUGGAGCUGAUAAACACCAGAUGGACGCAGAGUUGCGAAAGGAGAUGAUAGCAAUUUGGCCGAAUCUGUCCCAGAAACAGCUGGACCUGCUGGUCACGCCACACAAGUCAGCUACAGACCUGACAGUGGGGAAGAUCUAUGCUGCCAUGAUGAUCAUGGAGUAUUACAGACAGAGUAAAGCCAAGAAACUACAGGCGCUCCGAGAGGAACAGAACCGAACACCAUUAAUGUUUCAGCGCAUGGAGCCGGACACUAGCCAGGACAAAGACCACAAGAUCAACGAGGUCAAUGGAGGUCAUGGGGUCAAGGAGGUCCCACAGGAAAACCAUGACAAUCUUCCUGUUGAAUCCUGGGUAACUCCUCGUUCUCAGAUCUUCCAGAAAUCUGUUGAUGAGAACUGGAGCGCAGACUCACCAUACCAUCAGCAGGACAACCGACACAACACACAAACAGUAGAAAUGAGAACGCUGCCUGUUCACUCCGACACUGACACAUCACUACCACUGGAAGGGAGGACGGUCUCCAUGCCCCGCCUCCCACUACGUCACCAAACCAUUUCUGAUGUGAGUCCAUUGAGGCGUUCUACAUCCUCACUGGUUCAUGGGCGCUCAGGUCGAGGCUUGCGAUUGGAUGAUUACUCUCUAGAGAGGGUGGAGUCACAGGAGGGGCCUAGACAUGGGAGAAGGAGGAGAGAGAGAGAAAGAGAGAGGGAACGAAAUCACCGCACCUCUGAGAGAUCACUGACUCGCUACACAGAUGCUGAUACAGGUCUGGGUACUGAUCUCAGCACCACCACACAGUCAGGUGAACUUCCCCCUAAAGACCGGGAGCGAGAGAGAGGAAGAGCUAAAGACCGGCGGCAUCAUCACCACCAUCACCAUCAUCAUCAUCACCACCACCACAGCUCAGUGGAGAAAGAGCGAGAGUACCAUCAUCAUCCUCACAACAGACAUGACACGUACUGGUCACGUUCACCCAGCGAAGGCAGAGACGGCAGGGCACACAGACAGGGAAGCAGUUCUGUGAGUGUUAGUCCAGUUCCCUCAACCUCGGGAACCAGUACACCCCGCCGCACUCGACGUCAGCUCCCCCCGACUCCACCCACACCUCGCCCGCAUGUUACAUACUCACCUGCCCCCAGGAAACCACUCCCACCAACCACUCCUCGCCGUGAGCCUCCACCUAUCGGCACGCCUUCUCGCCGACCCUCCCCCCGCCGUGCACCAUUCUAUGACCGUCGUUUUGAAUAUGAGCCUCCAAACUAUGAGCAGAGUGUGACGCAAGGACACUCCCAUACGCCCCACCAUGGCUCCACCCAUCACAGUCCUUCCCACCGUAGUCCUGCCUCUCAUCACCGACGUGUGCCCAACGGCUACCGCUCCUCCUCCUCUCCAUCUCCACACCGCCGAGGCCCCGCCCACCAUGGCAUGCAACGUGCCCCACAGUCCCGCCCACCCCGGAAAAGUCUCCAUGAACCGUACAGUGAGACAGAUGAGGAUGACUGGUGCUAAAAUCCUGCUCUUAAUACACACCAGAGAGAGAGGUGGAAGGACGCAUGUAAUUACACACAAACACACAUGGAUGGUGCAGUGUUGUGUAUAUGUGUGCGUGUGUGUGUGCGUGUGUGUGUGUGUGCGUGUGUGUACGAAACUUUUACAAUUUAAGCAACACACACAGCAAAAAAGUAAAGUGAGAUGCCUUGCUACCUGUUCUCU